AUUCUCCGAAGUCCGAACCGCCCCGGCCGCCCGCCCCCAUGCUUUAAACCCUAAAUUCUCACCCGUUUAAUCCUCUAACGAAAAUUGCAGAGGUACUAAUAGGGUAAGUAUCUAAGGGGAAUGAUGGAUAUAGCGGAUGAAGCGGUGAUAGUCAAUUCCAGUAGGUUGAAAUCUGUGGUGUGGAAUGAUUUUGAUAGGGUUAAAAAAGGCGAUACCUUGGUGGCUAUUUGUCGCCAUUGUAAAAGGAAACUUAGCGGGUCAAGUACAAGUGGAACGUCACAUUUGAGAAACCAUUUGAUCAGAUGUAGGAGAAGGUCAAACCAUGAUGUAACUCAGUUGGUAACCAGGGGAAAGAAAAAGGAUGGAACUCUUACUGUUGCAAAUCUUAGUUUUGGUCAAGAGCAGAGAAAGGUUGAAGCAUUAAGCAUCGUAAAUACUACAUUUGAGCAUGGGAAUAGGAAAGAUGGGAGCAUUAGCCUGGGGACUAAUAACUUUGAUCAUAAACGGAGCCAACUUGAUCUUGCUCGAAUGAUCAUAUUGCAUGGUUAUUCUCUGGCCAUGGUUGAAGAUUUUGGCUUCAGAAUAUUUGUCAGAAAUCUUCAGCCGCUGUUUGACCUGGUGACAUUUGAUAGAGUUGAGGCUGAUUGCAAGGAAAUUUAUCAAAUAGAAAAACAUAAGGUCUAUGAAGAGUUGGCUAAAUUGCCUGGUAAAGUUAGCCUUUAUGCUGAUACAUGGGUUGCUAAUGGAGAUUCUAAGUACCUUUCCUUGACAGCACAUUACAUUGAUGAUACCUGGCAACUUAAGAAGAAAAUUCUGAACUUUCUGGCGCUUGAUCCUUCUCAAACUGAAGACGUGCUUUGUGAUGCUAUUAUGACAGGCCUGAGGAACUGGGAUAUUGAUAGGAAAUUGUUUUCACUCACUCUUGAUAAUCAUUCCAGAUACGAUGACAUUGUUCGUAGGAUCAGAGACCAGUUAUGUGAGCACCGAUAUCUUGUUUGUAAUGGCCAAUUGUUUGAUGUACGCUGUGCAGCAAAUGUUGUCAAGUUAAUGGCUCAGGAUGCACUGGAAAUAUCUUUUGAGAUUUCCCAAAAGAUCCGGGAAAGCAUUCGGUAUGUCAGGAGUUCACAAGCUGUACAAGAUAAGUUCAAUGAAAUGAUUCAGUUAGCUGGGAUCAGUAGUCAGAAAAGCUUGUGUCUUGAUAAUCCGUUGCACUGGAACUUGACAUAUUUCAUGCUUGAAGCUGCUGUAGAGUACAGAGAUGCAUUUGUCCAUCUGCAAGAACAUGAGUCUCUGUACACGAUGUACCCAUCAGGCACAGAAUGGGACAGAGCAAGUGCUAUUUCUAGCUUCUUAAAGCUCUUUGUUGAAGUGUCUAAUGUUUUUGCAGGAAACAAGUUUUCUACCGCCAAUAUAUAUUUUCCAGAGAUAUGCGAUAUUCAUUUGCAGUUGAUCGAGUGGUGCCAGAACUCAGAUGAUUUUAUCAGUUCCUUGGCAUUGAAAAUGAAACAAAGAUUUGAUGAAUACUGGAAGAAAUGCAGCUUGGCUUUGGCAAUUGCAGCCAUCUUAGAUCCACGAUUCAAGAUGAAAUUGGUGGAAUAUUAUUAUCCGCAGAUAUACGGAAAUAGUGCCCCUGAUUGCAUUGAUAUAGUCUCCAAUUGUAUGAAGGCUCUUUACAAUGGUCAUGCGGUAUGCUCACCAUUAACUUCUCAAGGUCAAGGAGGUGCUACUUGCCAAGUUGGUACUUUUGGGACUGGUGCUAUUAAUGAUUCCAGAAGUAGGCUUACAGGCUUUGACAAAUUUGUAAAUGAAACUUCUCAGAGCCAAAACGUAAAAUCAGACUUGGACAAGUAUUUAGAGGAGCCUUUGUUUCCUCGAAAUGUUGACUUCAGCAUACUAAAUUGGUGGAAAGUUCACACACCAAGAUAUCCUAUCCUAUCUACUAUGGCACGCAACAUUUUGGGAAUUCCUUUGUCAAAAGUCUCAUCAGAGGCCUUGUUUAACACUGGCGAUAGAGCGAUUGACCAACCUUGGGUUCCAUUGAGAUCAGAGACUUUACAGGCUGUGAUGUGCACCCAAGACUGGAUGAGCAGUGAAUUAGAAGAUUCUAAAUCAUCAUCCAACCCUCCUUUGGCCAUUUGUUAUGAUGCAAAGUAGUAACACAUGGGUAUAAUUUGGUUAUACCGUAGACAUGUUUUCCAUUCUUUCCAGAGGGCUUUGCUCAUUUGAGUAUCUCCAGCUUUUCAUGAAACUCUUUCAUGUCAGCCUAAUUGUAUAUCUUGAGGUCCUGCACAGAGAUUGAAGAAAGACUAACCUCCCUUUUUGUGCCUCUGAGGCUUUCCUUGGCUUUUCCCGUUUGGUUCGCAGAAUAUGUUGCUCGGGUGGUAGAGAGUAGAAUGCAGUGGGCUUGGUACCAUGUUCAAUUCAUUAGAUGCUGUGCCAAGCAAAGGUCUUUUGCAAGAUGUGAAGUAGUAGCUGAGCUGAAAGAGCGAGUCCGUCCGUAUUGGUUUUUACAACUCUUCUGCACAGGCCGGAAGAGCUCACGCAGCUCGUUUUCAGGUGGAAAAUGGAGAGAUCGUCAAAUCCACGCCUUUGUCUAAUCUGUUGGAGGUUGAACCAGAAAGAAACAAUAUAAUGUGCAUGACGACGGUGGAGGUUUUACAAUCAUAAUCAACGCGUGUAAAAAUCGGGCCUGCAUAAGAUGUUGUUUGGUAUUCUGCCGUAUGAAGGAUAGGCCAAUUUAAAGGUCAACCCAGCCCAUUUCAUGUCUUGUGGAUUAUUAACAUUUUUUUGACUGUAAAUAAAGCGUUCAUUACUGCUCUUUUUCCU